UCAGCCCCCUCGCUGGUCUCUGGGCUGGGGAUAAAAAAAAAGAGAGAGCCAUGUCCGGGUGAUGCGAGGAGAGGCUCCCCCCGCUCGCCACCUUUCCAGCGACCGUGUUCUUCUGCGGCAGGCGGAGUGGGAGAGACCAUUCUUCGCGGAAGAGGGGGGUGCGUUCGUUGGUCUCCCCCUCUCUCUCCCGCAGGGGGAAAGAAUAGAAAUGCCCAGGUUGGAGGCUGGAAGGAAAUAGCUCUGUUUUUCUGUGUUCCUCCAUCCGCAUCUUGGCUUUCCAAAGCUUGGGGACUCCAGAGGCAGGGCUUUUGUUUUGCCUGGCUUUGCCUGCUUGCGGAACUGCUGUCCUUUGGAACUCCCCGCCUCUUGAUUGCAAGACCUUGGAAGGAAAAGCGGGGGCGGGCAGUGCGUGUUUUUCCUUCUCUCCCAGCCCCAUUGGAGGAGCGGAUUCACCUCCCUGCCCUCCUUUUUUUCAGCCUGCUUCCUCCCUCUUUGUGGGUCGUGAUGUUGCUGCCCAUCUAUCCCUCCUCCUCCUCCUCAUCCUCCUCCUCCUUAUUGACUCCUUGGAAGAGUGAAGACCCGUCCAGCCCCAGAUCUUAACUGCGAAGAUGUGGCAAAGCAUUGGCCUGACUCUGCUGUCACUCUUGGCCACUUUGGCUUGUGUCCUGCUCUUCAUGCUUUGUGGUUGGUACGUGGUCUGGCAGCUCUUCUUAUCAAAGUUCAAGUUUCUACGAGAGCUGAUAGGAGACACCGGAUCCCAACAAGGGGAUAGUGAAGCCACGGAGCCAGAAACGGAACAGGAUGCGCCUUCUACUCCACAGAGGAGUCGGCAGAAAUCGGCACGUCAGCGAAGGGUUCCUGUCGAAGAUGAUUAAAAUGGGAAUAUUGGAUAAGCCCCAAGUGACUGGUGGUCCGCACUUCUGCAGUUAUACGGUUCCAGUUCCACUGGCAUGAAUACGUUAUUUCAGAAGAGAUUUGGGCAACAUUUUAAUGGAGAACAAGUUGGGACUAGGAAGAAGGAAGUUAGCCAAAGGAAAUGCCUGCUAUGCUUUGCGGGUGGAGUUUGCAAGAAAGUGUCCUCCCCUGUAUUUUCUUAUUUGGCGUAUUUUUGUGUGAGUGGGCUCAGCUUUUCAGCACUAAAAUGACAGUGGCUGGCUUUUGUCACAAACUGCACAUUUUUUGCAGUUAGGAUCUAGCUUAAUUCAUUUAUAUAAUUUAUAUAUAAAAACUGCAUUCCUUGAGCCUUACACAGGAAUGCUGUAAUGUUUUUUCCCCCCCUGCUUUGGAAGAUGGCUCGAAAGGCUGCUUCUCCCAUAGGGGAAAAUCAAUUUUGGGCUCAUGCAAAGGUUUAAAGAAUUAUCUUAAUCAGGUAAUGAAGCCUGGCAUUUUUGUUUCAAUGCAUGGCAAUUUUGGAGGCUUUAAAUCAAAACCACUAAACAUCUUGGCAGGCUUCUGUCAGAGUGUUUCAUCAAAUCCUUUCUGUUUUCUUUAACAGAAAGGAGUUUAAGCAUCUGUUACAAACAUGUAUCCAAUGUCAUUUUUAAAGAAUGGAUUCUUUGGCUUUAACGUGGGGUCCUCCUCCCGUUUUGUUUGUUUGUUUGUAUUCUUUGCACCAAAAAAUUGUUGACACUAGUUACAGAAAUCUGACAGAGCUCUAGGGAUAUCUUUUCUUAAUAUAGUCUUGCUAAACUGUGUGGCUGGGACCUCAUAUUUGGUGUUCUGCAAUUAUGGUGAUGAAGUUAGUCAAUUCUUCUCCUUUGCCUUCUGAUCACGAGCAACCGCUGCUCAAUUUAUGACAGAAUGAGUGUUGAUCAUGGCAUCAUAGUAGCAACUGACACUGUAAUAUGUGAAAAGUCAGGAUGAUUCUUCCAGGAUUUUUGUAUGACUGACUUUUUCUUAAACUACAGGAUGUAUCUUGGAUUUUUUUAAAAUUUUGUUCAGCUUCCUUCUUAGCACUUUGAUUCAGGCAGGACUCCAGACAAGUCUCUUAAAGCAUUUCCGAGCUUUAAUGUGAUUAUUUCUAUAGACUAACCAUCCUGAGCUGCAACUUUUUAAGAUCUUCCAGAGUCUUGAAUAUGGCUGAAGUGGCUUUCAUCAGUUUGUUCUUUUCCUAGUUGUUUGUGGACACUUUUUGGAAAAAGCAGAAUGGUUCCUGGUGAUUUAAAGAUUCAACACUCACAAACUAGUAAAUGGCUUAAGACCUUUGAUUUUUUUCUCUCUCUCUCUCUCUCUUUCCCAAUUUACUGAAGUUUUAGCAUUCAAACACUCACACUUCUUGCUUUAAUCUUUCUGUGAAAACAUAUUUUCAUUCUGGGUUAGUUUUAUUAUCCUGGAAUAUGUAGUCAAUACAGCAAAUCACCCUCUUUUCUGCAUUACAUAGCAACAAAUUUGGAAUUAUAUCCACAAAAAUGUAAGAACUGAAAUCCAUUUGCUAGUUACAAAAAGAUCAGACUUGUUAAGUCAGUCAGCUCUUGUGUACUUUAACGAGUCUACUCGAAUUGGGACUAGCUCUUUCAUAGGCCCCUUCCACAUAGCUGAAUAAAAUCCCACGUUAUUUGCUUUGAACUGGGAUAUAUGGCAGUGUGGACUCAGAUAACCCAGUUCAAAGCAGAUAUUGUGGGAUUUUCUGCCUUGAAAUUCUGGAUUUUAUGGAUGCGUGGAAGGGCCCAUAGUCCUUAAAAUCCCAGUCUGAAACUUUCACAAAUAAAGACUCCAGUGUAUUGAUAAGAUAUCUACUACAUCUGUCCUGUGGAUGUACGCAAUUGAAAUACUUGAAAUUACAUAACGCUCAUUGUGUUCAGAUGGAUUGGCCCCAUUCCUCUCUCCUCCCUCUUACAAAAGUUUACCUUACAGAAUCCAUACAAUGAUCUCAUAUGGAAUUCAUGUAAUGAACUCUUGAUGAUGUUUCUGAGAUUUUACUGAACUAUUUUUUUUUUAAAUGCCACCUGUGUUUAUAAAACCCUAGAGCAGAUCACUUCUGAUACUGGCACCACAUGUGUUUCACUUAGCACAGAGUGUGAAAGACAUUUGAUACAGUUAGUACACAUGUUGGUUGUGUGGUGUUUCAUGUAGUAAUUUUCCUAUCCUUAUAUGAAAUGACUCUUGGAUUCAGAUGUCAUGUAAACCACGAGCUAUUUUGUUGGUAAUCUUUUUGUGUGUGGGUGGAGGUUGCAACAACUUGAAGCUGUUACCAAGGACUUCUCCAAAUUUUAAACCAUGGAUUUAUAUAUCUAGAUACGGGUAGACAGCUGUGUUGUUUUUCUUUUAAUUUUGUUGCUAUGUUUUUUUCUGUUUAAUAUUGCAACCAUUUCAGUGUUGGUGGGACUGAAUAGUUUUAUGUGUAGCUAUAGUCCCAGCUGUAAGACUGGAGUGAACUUUUGGACAUUUUUUUUAAAAAAAAUCUUAAAUGACAAAAGGUGCUAAAGAUACUCAAACAAGCACAUAACCUCAAUGAAGACGAGAGGUCGAUUGCAGUGAAACAUGCAGAAAGGAAAUGGGCACUACUAUUACAUUUUCUUUGAAGAUCUCAUUUCAGUUCAAUUCUCUCACAAAAUACUCCUGUUGUCAGUGCUGCAAUAUAGUCAACAGAAUUGUGGAAGCAUUGGGCUGGUUACUCAGAUGAAUGACGCAAUCUGUAACAUCAGUUCAUUUAUAUAUCACUGCUACUGAAAGCACUUACAGCAACUCUAAAGGAGUUGUGUCACCCUCCAGAUGCUGUUGGACACCUUGGACUAUUUCUUGUGGCUAUUGGAGUCCCAACAUCAGUAAGGCCGGAAGAUCCCAAGCCCUGCUUGGUAGGAAAUGCAGUACUACAGUUCAUCACAGGCAAUGGGUAGCUUGCGGCUUACGUUGCACCACGCAGUGAGCUGACUUGCAUCUCUAUAUCUUCCAGAUAUGUCCAUCAUGAUAUGUACAUGGCAGCUGUAACAAAUGAGAUUUCUACAUCUGUGUUCACUGUUUUUUUUCCCCUAAAAAAAACCUCUACCAAAUGCUUCUCAGUUUUCUGUAUCUAUCAUGUGGACUAUUGUUUUCUCUCCUUAUUUAUUUAAACUGACUCCACUAAUGACUUGACAAAUAAAUAUGUAAAUAACACAA